AUUUAUUUAAGAAUGAAAAUCAUGCCAAAUUAUAAUAUAAAUGCACAAUACAAAUAAAAAUAUAUAAUGAAAGUGUAUAUAAUUAUAUGUUUAUUAUUAAUAUAUAGACGUAUAAUCGUUGACCGGUUUUCCGGCUUUGACCGGGUUGACCCUCCGGGUCCGGGUUGACCCGUGACCCAAUCACAUGACCGGGUCGCUCACCGGUCCGGUUUUUACAACAUAGGCUGGUACCCCCCAGCUUCUAAAAAAACUGAUUCUGAGAGUAAAUUAGAGCUUCAGAAGUGCUUUUGGAAUUUCACCCAAACACUCCAGCUUCUGUUUCUGCUCCCUGAAGUAGCAGAAUCAGUUCUGAGAAUAAGAUUAAACAACCCCUAACUUCUUAAAUUGCUCAUUUGAAGAGGCAGCCUGGCAAGCACAGAAAGGAACUACAUCAGAAUCAUCGGAUGAACUCACACUUUCCACUCCAGUUCCAAAUAUUUUCUAUAGAGUGAUCAAAAUGACUGUUACAGCUGGAAUUGGGUACGCACUGUUGGCGUUGGGGCCUUCUCUUUCGCUAUUCGUCGCAGUUAUCUCUCAGAAGCCAUUUCUUAUACUAACUCUUCUCUCAAGUACUUUGGUGUGGUUGACAAGCCUGAUCGUAUUGUCUGCGCUAUGGAGAGCAUUCCUACCUACGGAAAAGACAGUGUGGUGGCUUUAUCUACUCAUUCUCUUAAGUUCAGUGGCAUUUCAAGAAGCUCUCCGCCCUUUACUGUGGAGAUUGUACAAGAGGCUUGAAGAUGUAUUAGAUGCCUUUGCUGAUAAAGUAUCCAAACCACGCCUUUUUACCACUGAUAAGAUGCAGAUUGCUCUCGCUGGUGGUAUGGGUCAUGGCGUGGCACAUGCUAUAUUCUUCUGUCUAAGCCUGUUGACUCCUGCAUUUGGGCCAGGGACAUAUUAUGUCAAACAAUGCUCACAGAUGUCGUUUUUCUUGGUUUCUUCAAUAAUAGCUCUUGCCUUUGUUACCAUCCAUACCUUCUCAAUGGUCAUAGCAUUCAAUGGAUAUGCAGAAGGAAAUAAAUCGGACCAGAUUUUUGUCCCCGUAGUUCAUCUAUUUGCUGCAAUGUUUACUCUCAUAAAUCUUGCUCAAGGGGGUUGUGUUGUUGGUAUUCCUUUGUUGUAUUUCAUGGCAAUGCUAACUUUGGGGUAUUGCGGAAUGAUGGUGUUCAAGAGGCUUUCUGAAAACAGGAGCAGGCAAGCAAAUUCAUUCUAACUGCAGGCCCUUGCUCCCCUGGAUUGAGGGAAGAGAUUUUGCUUUAAAUGAUAGCUUUUGUGGGUUCCCAGUGCAGCUCUCGGGAGAAUCGAGAUCGAUUGGACCGUCAAGUUUUCAACAUGGAGGAAACACCGAUUGAGAGACCACUCAAACUAGCCUCCUAUUUACUCCUAUUUAAUUAGGGCAAUAUCUUUUACUCUAUAAUCACCAACAUUGCAGCCAACAGGCCCAACAUUGUACCAAAAAGGGACGAAAAUAUAAAUAUUGUAUUGUUAGGUUUUGGGACUUUUUUGAAUUAGAAUUUCAACUCAAAUUGUUGAACUGCAUAUAUUUUAUUACAAAUUUACAAUAGUUCUAAUGAGUAACCUAAAUUAUAGUUAAAUUUAA